AUGUCGCACUGGGUGCAUGCGAUGUCGGGCGAUGAAGGUAAACCGCGAUGUCGUAACUGCAUUGGCCGGAACUUUCGAUGCCAAUACGGUCCGCAGUUGACGUUUUUGGCGAAGAAUGCACACACUGUUCAAGCGUUAGAGGUCGAAACACAAUCUGCCGGCUAUGAUGCGAUUCAAUUCGUCACUGAAAAGACCUCAAAAGAUUGUGAUCCAAUUGAAGAUCGUACACUGGACGAAGCAUCGUCUCUCAUUGAUGCGACUCGACAGCCACAGCAAGCUGACCUUAACACACCUAGCAAUGGCAGGCACGAAGACAUGCCAUUCUGGCCGAAGUCUACUCCCCAUACCGCGGACGACGAGAAUUAUAGAAUCCUCAAUGACAAGGAUGAAUCGGCGGUGGCGGGGUUGUUGGCUCUUGAUCAUGUGAAACAUUCUAUCUCGAAUAUUUCUGCUACGUGGAACACCGAAAGAGAGUGCGAUCAUGACCUCAUGAGGGCCCUAACUUCCCACGCCGCGCGCAGAGAUAUUGAUUCCGCGAUAUAUUGGCUCUUUAUCAGGCUUUAUCUUGCGACAGCGUUGGCGACCGAUAGCGACAUGCGCGUGCCGCUUCCCCUGUCGUUCCCAUACUUCACAGAAGUCGAUAUUGUGGCUGAUCCAUUUGAGGUGGUCUUCUUCUACGCAUACCGCCCUCUAUGGCUCUGUGCGAGAGCGAUCCAAUUUGUACACAACGAAGAGGCUUCUCCUCAUCUACCACCCCUCCAUAUAUGGAGUCAAUUGGUGGAAGAACUGCAACAAUGGUAUCGUGAGCGGCCACGGGAAUUUCAACCCAUGCUGGAAUUGGAGAUGGAUGAUCAGUUAGCUGGACCAGAAAGAAGUUUCCCGGUUGUUCUAUUUGCCAAUGGAGCAGGGUUGUUUGGCAACCAGCUAUACCAUACAGCCAUGUUGAUCUUACUACACAAUCGACCUCGCACUGCACGCAUCGCUGACUUCCAUUCGGUUGCCAUGUCGCCAUUGUGGCAUGCGCAGCGGAUAUGCAGUAUUUCUCUCCACAAUGAUAGUCGGGAGUGCUGGGAUCCAUGUCUCCUAGCAUCCUUUCUGCUGGCAGCUCGCCGGAUGACACAUGAAUCACAACAACAUGAAGUUGUACGUGGAUUGGACCGCAUACGUACGGUGACCGGGUGGGACGCAAACAACAGCUUGCAGAGCCUGCGAGCCGAGUGGUGUCUUCUUGAUGAGACAUAG